AUGGUCGCCACCAAGCGACGCCGCUCGCCCGACCCAGACGACCCCCGAGGGCGACACGGCGGUGACGGCAACGACGACGAUGACAGCGACCAACAUCGCGACGCGAAGCGCCGUCGCUCCCGCUCGCCUCUGGUCCCGCCGACAGCCCGAACGAGGCACCACCACCCCCCAUCCCAGCGCGACUUCUUCGCCACGCUCUCCGACGAGCUACUGCUGCGCAUUCUCUCCUUCAUGGACGAGCGGGCGCUCCUCGACGUCUCGCCCGUCUCGCACCGCUUCCACCGCGUCGCCGCCGACUCGCAGCUCUGGCGGCCGCAUUACUACCGCCGCUUCAUCCUGCCGCGCGCCCACCGCAUCCCCGGCUUCCGAACGGCCGCCCGGAGCUCCAGCAAGCUCCAUUACGCGGGCCAGAGGUUCCUGUGGGCCGACGGUGGAUGGGGCCGUCGCGGGGGCCUCACCGCUCCUGGCGAUGUCGACGCCGACGCCGGUGCCAACGACCCGGCCGCCGCCAUUGCCGACUCGGUCGACUGGAAGAAGCAAUACCGCCUGCGGCACAACUGGGCCCGCGGCCGCUGCGCCGUCGACGAGGUGCCCGUCCACGCCGCCGAGCGCAGCCCCCCGCCCGAGUGGCAGACCCUCGUCAAGGUCGUCGACGGCCUGGCCGUGACUGCCGACGCCGAGUCGGGUCUGCGUGCUUGGGACCUCAAGACGCGCAAGGCCAUUGCCCAGCGGCACCUGCGUUCUGCCGACGGCGUGCUGUCUCCGCCGACUUGUCUAGCCGUCGACGAUCAGCAUCUCGCGCGGGGCACGCUGGACAUUUCGGCGGGCUUCGAGGACGGCACCUUUGGCAUCUGGCGGUUCGACGCGAAGCGCAGGAAGCUGACGCUCGUGCACCGCCAGGCCAAGGGCUACUUUGGCGAGCUCGUGGCCGUUGCGUACGGACACCCAUAUGUGUUGACGGCGACGAGGCUGGGCUUCAUCACCCUCUACACAUUUGACGGUCGUGAGCAAGGCUCGACAGAAAAGCCGGAUGACGUCGGAGCACCGCCGCGGCAAGACGAGCCGCCCGCUCCGCGGGGCAAGGGUGCGGACGACGCCCUGCUCCCGCAGCCGCGCCAACUCACAUCGCUCAAGUCGCACAGCACGCGCCUCCCGCUCGCCCUGUCGAUACGCAGAAUGGCCACUUCGGUGGUGGCCUCGAUCGCAUACACGUUUGAUGCCGUCGGCGGCUGGGCCAUUGGCGUCCAGGACCUCGACAUACGUCCGACCGAGACGUCCCGGCCAGAUGUCGUCUCUUCACGCGUGGCGUAUACCUUACCCACACAGACGCGCAAGUCGGCAACACCCUCUCCCGAGUCGACGCCCACGCGGACCGCGGCGCGGUCACCCAAGCACGGCCUCGGCUCACGCGACCAAGGCGACGACGACGGCCCCAUCCGGCUCUGCUAUAGUCACCCCUACCUUCUAGCCACGCUCCCCGACAACACGCUGGUCCUACACCUCUGCACGUCGACGGCCACGUCACUGUCCAUCUCGCCAGGCAUCCGGCUGUGGGGGCACACCUCAGGCAUCUCGGACGCAGAAAUCACGCCGCGCGGUAAGGCCGUCAGCGUGAGCACGCGCGGGGACGAGAUCCGCGUGUGGGAACUCGAGGGCCGGGUCGGAGGCAGCAGCGUAGAGGUCAAACCCAGGCAGCACGAUAACGCAUCAGGGAGCAUGGCCGGAGGGGACCAGCGGCGGCCGAGCUCCAGGGGCUCCAACACGGGCGAGGACAAGAAGAACUGGGUGGGGUUCGACGACGAGAUGGUGGUGGUGCUCAAGGAGGCGCGCGACGGGCGCGAGAGCCUGAUGGUGUACGACUUUACCUGA